UGUGUUGGAAUACCGUCUCUUAAUGUUAUUGAUUAUCAUUAAACAUGCUCUGCUGCGGCAAGCAGUCUAAGAAAAAGGUUAAGGGGGAGAAGGCCGACUCCCACACCAAUGGUGCAUUUGUGCAAGACGAGGGCUUUAAAGGUGAUGAAAAAACUCUGCGAGUUACUGCGAGUUCUCCAGUGGCUGAGAAGACUGGAAUGGGUGACAGUGUAAUGGGGAAGGGAACCACGGUUGAUCCUGUAAGGGGGAGAGCAAUUUCUGUUGAUCAGCCAAAAAGUAUUUUGCAAAGUGACAGUUCAGUUGACAGGCAAAAGAGGAAAAAGAGUGCGAGGACAAGGAGUGUUUCCUUCACUUUACCCUCUGAGGAUGUGCCUACAUUGAGCAGAGAGCAGUUGGAUGCUAUGUUCGAAGAAGUGGAUAAAAUAGAGGAGGUGGAGGAAGAAGAAUUGAGAAAGAAGGAAAUGUCUGUUGGGGUUCCAAAACAUAUCGGUGUAGUAACAAGUUUGAAAGACAGUUGCAGGGAAUUCAACCUGUUAGAUGAUUUUAGUGACUCUGAUGAUAAUACUACUACUUUGAAAGAAGGCAACCACAAAUCCAAAAUGAGCAACCAAGUGCCACAGCUUACCAAGCCUGCCCCAGUUUUCAAGGGAACAGCUGUUGUUGACGGCCAGUUUCAGGAGAUCUCGCUAGCUGAUUACCAGGGGAAAUAUGUUGUCUUCUUCUUCUACCCCUUGGACUUCACCUUUGUCUGUCCCACAGAGAUCAUUGCUUUCUCAGACAGAGUACAAGAGUUCCGAGAUAUUAAUUGCGAAGUCAUUGCUUGCUCAACAGACUCUCACUUCUCUCAUCUUGCUUGGAUCAACACCCCACGUAAGGAAGGGGGUUUGGGAACCAUGAAUAUUCCUCUCUUGGCUGACAAAUCCAUGGAGAUUUCAAAGAGCUAUGGUGUCCUCAAAGAGGAGGAUGGUAUCGCCUUCAGAGGUCUUUUCAUCAUUGAUGACAAGGGAAACCUCAGACAGGCCACAAUCAAUGAUCUUCCAGUGGGCAGGGAUGUUGACGAAACCCUUAGAUUAGUUCAGGCUUUCCAGUUUACUGAUGAACAUGGUGAAGUUUGCCCAGCAGGUUGGAAGCCUGGUUCCAAAACCAUGAAAGCUGAUCCUACUGGCAGCAAAGAAUAUUUCCAGUCUGAGAACUAAUUUGGCUUUUUCAUUCACUGUGACUGAGAGGGGCAGCGUUUAGGAUAUUGAUGUAUCACAACGUAAAGAACCAUUAGUUUUGUUUAAUGUUAAGGUAGAAAUUGUCUCCUUGGUUUCAUAUUUUUUCACUUCAUUAACAUUAUACCUCAUGUAAGUCUGUUGCCAGUAUUAUUAAUCAAAAUAAAAAGUAAAUCGGA